CUUUUGAGUUAGAAUAGUAGAUCUCGACUUUAUAGUCCAGUGCCACUAGAAUGACACCGUUUGAGUUAGCAACUGGCUUCCAACCCCUUACUCCUCAUCAGAUUUCUGUAAGGGUUGGUGGAACAUGUCCGGCUGCUGUACGCUUCGCGAAGAACAAACAAGACUUAAUUGAUGAGGCUCGUGAUAGUCUUGCAUUGGCCCAGACUCGGAUGAAGAGGCAGGCAGAUCAGCGAAGGCGGGAUGUUCAAUUCCAAGUUGGGGACUUAGUUAUGUUGAAACUAACUCCCCAGAUUUGGAAAAGGAUCAGCAGCAAAGCCGUUCAUCGCGGCUUGGUUCCGAAGUCGGGUGCUGGCUGGGAUAGCACGAUUGGCUCCGAGGGAAGGAUGGCUAAAGUUGGUGCUGAUCCUAAGCCGAACCAUGGGGCAGGAGUCACUGGCAGGGUUGGCCAGACUUGCAGGAACGCAGUGGCUCACGGGUGGUUCGGUGUAAAACGAAGUUGGCUCAAGUUGGCUUACGGCUGGCUCAGUGAUGGGGGCGCGGCGUGGGGUGCGGCUUGGACCAGAGUGGCUUUGGGUGGAAGCCACGAGUUGGCUAAGGAUGCAUGGCCAGGGGCGAACUCCGCAUCUGGCGUGGGUGUGGUGGAUGAAUGCAAGCUGAAGUUCUUGGAGUUGAAGGCCAAGAGGUGCUAUAGGUACAUUGUGUUCAAGAUUGAUGAGGCUAGACAAGUGGUGGUUGUCGAAAAGCUGGGAACCCAAGAAGAGACUCAUGUCGAUUUCACCAACAGUUUGCCCUCGAAUGAGUGUCGAUACGCAGUUUUUGACUACGACUUCACCACUGAUGAGAAUUGCCAAAGGAGCAGGAUCUUCUUCAUUUCAUGGUCUCCGGAAACAGCAAGGGUGAGGAGCAAGAUGGUAUAUGCAAGCUCCAAGGACAGAUUCAGGAGGGAGUUAGAUGGGGUUCAAGUGGAGUUGCAAGCAACUGAUGCCAGUGAGAUGAGCUUGGACAUCUUCAAAGAUAGAGCUCAUUAAUUAAUAAUAACAAUUAUUAGUAUGCCACCCACACAAUACAUACAUUGUUGUUAC